CCAUGACGACUGCCAUCCUGGAGCGUCUGAGCACCCUGUCCGUGAGUGGACAGCAUCUGCGCCGCCUGCCCAAGAUUUUGGAGGAUGGGCUGCCCAAGAUGCCCGGCACCGUCCCGGAGAGCGACGUGCCCCAGCUCUUCCGGGAGCCCUACAUCCGUGCUGGGUACCGGCCCACCGGCCGCGAGUGGCGUUACUACUUCUUCAGCCUCUUUCAGAAACACAACGAGGUGGUUAACGUCUGGACCCACUUGCUGGCGGCUCUGGCCGUCCUCUUGCGGUUCUGGGCCUUUGUGGAGGCCGAGGGCCUGCCGUGGAGCUCCGCCCACGCCCUGCCCCUGCUCCUCUACGUCCUGUCCUCCAUCACUUACCUCACCUUCAGCCUCCUGGCCCACCUGCUGCAGUCCAAGUCCGAGCUCUCGCACUACACCUUCUACUUUGUGGACUACGUGGGCGUGAGCGUUUACCAGUACGGCAGUGCCCUGGUCCACUUCUUCUAUACCUCCGACCAGGCCUGGUACGAGCACUUCUGGCUUUUCUUCCUGCCCGCAGCCGCCUUCUGUGGCUGGUUAUCUUGUGCCGGCUGCUGCUACGCUAAGUACCGGUACCGCAGGCCUUACCCAGUCAUGAGGAAGAUCUGCCAGGUGGUGCCGGCGGGGCUGGCCUUCAUCCUGGACAUCAGCCCCGUGGCACAUCGCGUGGUUCUGUGCCACCUGUCUGGCUGCCAGGAGCAGGCGGUCUGGUACCACUCCCUGCAGAUUGUCUUCUUCCUGGUCAGUGCCUACUUCUUCUCCUGCCCGGUUCCGGAGAAGUACUUCCCGGGUUCCUGUGACAUCGUGGGCCACGGGCAUCAGAUCUUCCACGCCUUUCUGUCUGUCUGCACACUGUCCCAGCUGGAGGCCGUCCUCCUAGACUACAGGGGGCGACAGGAGAUCUUCCUGCAACGUCACAGCCCCCUGUCCGUCUACAUGGCCUGCCUCUCCUUCUUCUGCCUGGUCGCCUGCAGCGCAGCCACUGCAGCCUUCCUGAGGCAAAAAAUCAAGGCCAGACUGACCAAGAAAGAUUCUUGA